CAUCCCGACCAACCUCCUCCUAGCUCGUGAGGCCCCCUCAUCCCUAGCACCCACUUUCCCGUGAUCCACUCUAGUGCAACUGGGGCAUUCUUCUUGGCCAGAAAUUCAGACGGGAGAGCAUCAACUUUCUCAACAACUCUUUCACCUCUCAAUUGUCUUCAUCCUUCUUCCAAAUAUUUUGUGAGUCUUUCGUUUUUCGCCUCAUUGCGGCUCUGCGAUUACACCUUCGGCUGCCGGGAAGUGGUGUUUUCUCUCCAACAUGGAAGCGCGAAAGCCGGGACCUCCAGAAGGAACUUGGGACACGUUGUUUCUGGAGGACACAUGUUACCUUAAGGAAUUUCCGGAGCUCGUGGGUGUUAUUUCCAAAACAUGGCAUGAGCCUGACGAUGAUUGGGAUAAUGAGCCGGAUUUCGUCCCUGGCAGUAUCGCUACGGUGAACGAAUUGAACGUUUUGCUGGACACUGGCCAGCCUCCCCGCCACUUUGCCGUUUUCGAGCCAUCGACACCGUCCCAGAAGAGCAGGCUUGUGCACGAGUCUGAAGUGAAAGUUCUUGACCGGGCGCUUGCUUUCGGAGAUGUUGUGAAACGGAAUCUAAGGUCUCCCAUGUCAGGAACUGUGAUUUCAGUUUCAACAGAAGUUAGUGUGCAACAUUCCUUCCAGAUUUCUUCGGAGCCGACAUCUGUUGUUACUGGUAUCCCUGAAGCUGAGCUUUGUCUCGCGCAUGAAUGGAACGAUGGCGAUCUCGUGGUCUAUAAGGGUUGUUGGAUCGGCGUUAUCGAGGAUGUGGUUGAUGAAGUUGCUAUUCGCUUGGGGAAUGGAAGCGUGGUGAUACCUGAGGAUUCUGCUGGAUUGGAAAUUCCCAUUUUGAGCCAGGAAGAGGAAGUUGCCGUCCGGCGGUGUAUUGCGUCUUCGGCUCAUGAUGAUAGUGCAGAUGUGACUGACCCACCUGGUGAGCGUCGACCGUCGGGGCGCUCUCGACGUACGGGAACAGUGCCGGCACCAGCUCUUCUCUCGCCGGGCUUCACGGUGACUACUUCAAAAGCAAAUCUUCGUAGGGGGAAAUGGUUGUAUGGAGCUUAUAAUCCGAAUGCCCGCCCUACUGGAGUGAUAGUUUCUGUAAAGACAACAAAGCUUGGUGUGCGCUGGCUCCGCCAAAAUUCAAUGAUUACUGGUCGCUUCGUACCAGUGGAACGACCAAGUACGUGGCUGGAGCUUGAAGAGGUGCUGCCCAAGCUCAAGAGGUUCUGUAAAUCAACGGGUGGAUUUGUCGGCUUGGACGGAGCGCCGUAUACUGCUAGUGGUGGGGCCACCGGUGGUGGAGUUCUCCAAGUUGGAGAUAGAGUUCGAUUUAGGGACUUGCCUCGCGCUGUCACAAGGUACCCAGGAAUAAAAAACAUCUCGAGGAGUGAUGCGAUGGGAUUUGAUAUCAAUACAUUUGGGGUGGUUUCCACGUUAACGCGUGUUAGGGUACGUUGGCAGGAUUUGACGGAGACGGUUGACAAUGCUAGGGAUUUAACACCCUAUCUUAAUGUUGAUGAGCAAGAAGUUUGGCCCGGGGAAAUUGUUGUGUUAAAACUUGACCAUGACGAUUCACCCAAACCUCCGGACUCUUCUUGUCAUGGAAUUGUUUUCCCCUCUGCCAAUACCCAGAAGAGGAGUAAAGUCGGGGUGGUGCAGAAUGUAAACUCUCGGGGGCGAGUGGCAAAUGUCAGGUGGUUUAGGAAUCCUGUUGUUGAAUUCAACUGCGAUUGCGUGAUGCCAGGUUUUAAGACUGGGGAGCUUGGAGAUGAGGCCGAGGAUGUUAGUGUUUACGAAGUGAUGGACCUUGAGGCGUUCACUGUGAGAAGGGGCGAUUUCGUAUCAAUUUUGCCGGAAUAUAACGCGAGUCCUGGAUCCGGGAAUUCUGUGGCCUCUGCUGGGAGCAGCGCAGGUCGAAAUGAGCAUGGCCAAAUAUACCCUCUGCGGCUCGAGGAUAUCAGUUGGGCGAGACCAGAAGGAACGGAUACGUUGAAUGACAAUAUACCAAUCAAUGCGCUGGACAAUAGCCUACUGAUGAACUUGAGUGCAGCAUUGGGUGCUAGUAGCGACCCGCAAUUGCAGGGAGUUGGUCGUCAGUUGAACCAAAUACCGUUUAGUAGCGCCGCUCAAUACCCGCAACGCUCAUCAGUGCCCCAAAACUCAUCUCGACCUAGGACGCCUUGCGAAGAUGCUUAUCUAACGCAACCUGUUGAUUGGCUUGGCGAGGUUGUUGAUAUGGGGAUUGAUGGUUUGGUUACUGUGCGGCUUGGAGCAUUGGAUGUGCCUAGGGAUAUCAGAGUUUUAAUUGACCGACUUUUCAUUGUAUUCAAUGACGAUAUGGAUUUUGAUGAUAUCUCGGAAGAGGAGAUAGAUGAUUCGGAUGAUGACCUAAGCUUUGAAGAGAAGUCAGAUUCAGGCAGCGACUGGAGCGCUGUUGCCGGUUCCCGGUUUGCUUUUGGGGCCAAUUCUCGGACUCCUGUCGCAGAGGAUAUCUGCUACGAAGGCGGCGAGCGUCUUGACAAUGGGGAGGAGGAAGACUGGCUUACGGAUGACGGUAUGGAAGUGGAUAGCAACUCCUCUGUUGUUGAUAUGGAUAUCUCUGUUGCCUCCGUUAGCGGUGGCGUCCAAGUAACUGCUGUGGAGCAUGGGAUGGAAACGGACAUAAUAGAGGAAGGUGAGGGAGCUGAAGCUGCAAAGAAUGUGACCACUCACACCUGUCCUCAACCCGCUCCGUGUCCGCCGAGCAGUAUGCCAGCUCCAGAAGCAUUCUCGAUACCAGAAACUUCCGAGAAGCCUGCCCAGUUUGCCAUUUUAGAUACUCCGGUUCCCUCCGAUCACAGGUUCAUAAAGGGUUAUGCAACACGCAUAGAGCCGACGUUUCUCCGCCGCAUGCAUAAAGAACAUAAUAUUCUCUCGACGUCCCUCCCGGAUGGGAUCGUGGUCAGGGGGUGGGAGUCGCGUCUUGACCUUUUGCGUGUGCUUAUAAUCGGUCCUAUGAACACCCCGUACGAGCUGGCGCCAUUCUUCUUCGAUUUCUAUUUUCCUGGCGCUUUUCCUCAAUCUCCGCCUAUUGUGCAUUUUCAUAGUUGGACCGGAGGUGUUGGAAGGGUCAAUCCGAAUCUAUAUGAAGAUGGAAAGGUUUGUUUGAGUCUUUUGGGAACAUGGCAUGCAGAGCAGAAGAAUGAGGCAUGGUCAGCUGGGGGUAGUACUGUUUUGCAGGUCCUUGUCAGUUUGAUGGGAUUGGUACUUGUUCGGGAGCCGUAUUACAACGAAGCCGGCUUCGGGGUCUUCGAAGGAGCUGAUGAAGUAUCCCUCGCCUCAGCCCUGUAUUCUGAGAAAGCCUAUAUCCUCUCCCGCGGCUUCGUGAAGCACGUUCUGGAAACACCCAUGUCCGGUUUCGAAGACGAGAUCAAGUGGCUGUACCUUCCCCACCAGAGAGGCGGCCUGAAUCUCCUUGAGGCGGUAAUCGGCUCAACCAGGGAAGUUGUUAAGCGCUCUGAGUGCGAGGGAACUAUGACUGGAGAGAAGGCGGAGGAGACGGUGCGGGAGAGAGUUGGCAGCGUCACUGCUGGUGCGCUAAUCCUGUUGAAGAGGAACCUGCAAGCUCUUGAGAGGAUUAUGGAGAGGGUUAGUCUUUGCCUGUAAUUACAUGUUGAUGCUUUUUCUCUCACACAAAUUCUAAUGGUGCUUUUAUUUCAUACUUCCUUGCCUUCUUUCGCUUGUGCUCCUUUAUAUGGGUAGAUUGGCGGCUGGCGUUUGUAUGAUGGAGCGGGUCGGGUGGUAAUACUAGGGUGACACGGGCAUGAGUCAUGACGGGGGAGCUCGGAGAAAUCAUGUAAGCAGUGCGGGAAGCAGAAGGUCUAUUUCAGUGGAAUGGUGUACCGUAUCAUUACUUAGAUAAUUUCCUUCAAUUUGUGGUG